CCUCAUCUGCUGAGCAGGAGGAAAUCAGCAGUGGGUAAAGUAAGGAGCUGCAGUUCAUUGAUUAUUUGCACGGUUAGAUUAACACGCUGGAGGAUUCAGGAGGGAGAACACCGGCGAUUUUAACACAGACAGCUUGACCAUUUAAAAACCGCGUUUCUGAGUGCAGAACCACUGAGGGAAAAGUAUUAGGAGAUUAUCCAAAAUGCCAACGUUAGCAGAGACGAAAGAAAUGUUCCGUUGUGCAGAAGCAGUUUGCUUCGAUGUGGACAGCACAGUAAUACGGGAGGAAGGCAUUGAUGAGCUUGCCAAGUUCUGUGGAGUAGGUGAUGCUGUAACAGAGAUGACUCGGAAAGCCAUGGGUGGAUCAGUGACAUUUAAAACAGCUUUAACAGAGCGGCUGUCCAUAAUAAAGUGCUCAAGGGAGCAAGUCAACAAGCUAAUAACAGACCACCCGCCUCAGCUGACUCCAGGUAUUAAGGAGCUUGUGGAGAGACUACAUCAGCGCAAUGUGGAGGUGUUCCUCAUCUCUGGAGGGUUUCGCUGUAUUGUGGAACAUGUGGCCACUCAGCUGGGCAUUCCUCUUGACCAUGUCUACGCUAACCGCUUAAAAUUUUACUUUAGUGGAGAAUAUGCUGGAUUUGACGAGAGCCAGCCUACAGCAGAGUCUGGAGGCAAAGGAAAAGUGAUCAGUCUGCUGAAGGAGAAGUACGGCUUUGAAAGAGUAGUGAUGAUUGGAGAUGGUGCUACAGACCUAGAGGCCUGUCCUCCUGCAAAUGCUUUCAUUGGAUUUGGUGGCAACGUUGUCCGGCAGCAGGUCAAGGAGAAGUCUUCUUGGUACGUCACAAGCUUUGGGGAGCUGCUAAAAGAGCUUGAGAAGAUUUAGGAACUUUGAGCCUUUUUAAACGUUUCACCACGACCAGCUUUGUGCCUUUCUGCUAAUUUUUACUAAUUGCACAUGUUCUCAUUUUAAUAUCUCAGUCAUAAUAAGCAUUUAAAUACACUACAGUGUUUACAAGGAGUAGAAGGCACUUGCUAGACUGCUUACCUAUUCAAUCUAAUAUCUAAUGUGAUGUAACUGGAGUCGCACAAUUCUUCUUCUUAGUUUCAGUGUUCUGUUUAGCAUUUUUAUAAAGGUGACGCUUUAGUAGGUAUUUUACUAAAAUUAUUGUAUUUUUUUUUUAUGUUACACAAUAUGUGCAAUGUGCAUAUUUUAAAGAGCGGUUUCUCUUCAUUCCUUCAUUUUGGUACGUACUGUAGAAAUAUUAAAAUAUAUAUUCUAUUCUAAAGUAUAUUGAGGUUGUUGAGGUUAUUUGAUGUGUGUUUAAAUGAACAGGUCACAAUGAUGAUACACAGUGGGGAGGUGAAUAUAUAAUUUUUGGUUUAUUGCACUGCUUCACUUGAUGUAUUGACAGACAGAAAGCUGGUACUGACUCGUCUUUUCAGUUAAUAAAAGAAAAGAGUGAACAUGCCACACAGAAAUAAAUACUGAGUCAUUCUGGAGAAAAUCAGGAUUCAUUAUAAUAAGUAACACUCGAGCAGAUAAAUAUCAUCUUUUCUAAAUAUAAUUCAUUUGGAGACGAUAUCAAACAUGGAAAAUAACUCAAGCGGUCCUUAAGAAAUGGCCAUUAAGAAACCUUGCAGGAUUGAUCCAGGGUUUUUUCCCCACACAUAUGCAUAGACCUACAGUUGUCUUACGUACAGUAUGUUUUGUUAUUAUUUUUUUUCUUCAUAUUUGUGCGCUUAGAACUCAGGAAAAGUAACUGGAUGUAGUUGAAACACACAAGAUACACAAACGGGUCUUUCUCAUUGUGCUGAACGUCUGCAGAUGUUCUUGUAAAACUCAAUGAUUUUAAUUUAGAAAUAAAUUUUGUAUUUACAGCAAAUAAAUAUGAAACAAGUCCACAGAUAAAUAAAGAAUCCAAUGUUCACACCAAGCACA